AAGAAAUCUUCCAAGGAUCAUGUACAAGAACCACAAACAAACCAAAAAAGAAAAAGUAGAAAAAAAAUCUAAACUUUGAUGUUAAAAGAGGUGAUAGGUUUGUUUGUAUAAUGGAAAUGAGCCACGUCUACAUGUGAAAUGAAUGAAUGAAUGAAUAUUCAUAGAGUUGAAUCGGUGGAUAAGAGAUUUUUUCUCUCCUUUGUCUCUAUCUAUCUCCCUCUCUCUUACUUCCCAAAUAUUAUUAUUAUUAUUAUUAUUAUUAUUAUUGCAAUUGGUUUCCAUUCAAUGAUUUAUACAAAUUCCAUUCCACCACUCUCUCACUCCUACUACUAGUCACUAGUUACUAGUUACUACAUCAAACUAAAGCUUGUGUUGUUUUUGGUUGAUUUAAUCAGUCAUCACUUUGAUCAGAUCAGACUGAUCCAAAACCCCAUUGAUUAUGGAGGCUCAAGCUGUUGCCAGACGCAGAAUCAGCACCAUCGCUUCUCACUUUCCACUUGAUGAUCACUCCUUGUCUCCCACUCAUGUCCUCCCCAUGAACUGUAGCAGCACUUUAAACUCUGUGAUUCGAAGGUACGAUAAUAAAAUGUACUUUGCCAGGCAAGGAUCUGCUUAUCUACCCAAUUUCAUGAGACAAGCUUCAAAUGAUGACGUGAUUGAGGAGACUGCAAACCCAAACACCACCACCAGUUUAAACUCUGCCACCAGAAGAUUUGACAGUAGGCUGUUUUUCGCACGCCAAGGAUCUGCUUAUCAAGCUAAUUUCAUGAGGCAGGGAUCCAAUGAUGAGGUACUUCCUCCUCCUCAAUCAGACACUUGUCCUAAAUCCUCUGAUGUUAGAACUGAGGGUCUUUACUAUGUUUCUCCAGAAAGACCCUCAUUUUCUAGGCCUUCAUUUCCAAAACAACCUGCUGAGCAAUAUCAUGAUGACCCUCCUAAGUUUGCUACACAAAGUGAAAUACUCAGUCAUCAAAGGGAGCAACACUCUUCCUGCUCUAAUGUAAUGGAAUGGUCGCCAAGGAUGGAUGUUGCAGAAUCUGGACAAAACUUUGUCAUCACCGUUGAGAUUCCAGGCGUUAGGGUCAAAGACAUUAGGGUGGAAGUUGAUGAUAAUAAGUUAUCUGUAGCGGGAAAACGCUCGACACAGCACUGGCAAAUGUCAGGCUGUUCAAAUGACUCUACUGCCUCUGCAUAUCUCAGAAGAGAGAUUGUUGAAGGCCCAUAUGAGGUUGUGUGGCCACUUCCAGCUAAUGUCAACAAAGACUCUGUCUCAGCUGAGUUUCUAGAUGGGUUUCUACGUGUGAUUAUUCCUAAACUUUGAGAAUCUGUUAGUGACUAAGGCUAUAUAAAUAAGACAAUGUUCAACUAUGAUGAAUAAAAGUGUUUAGAGCUGUAAUAUAUUGUAUCGAAGUACAUAAUGUUUAAAAGUGAUUUGAUAUGUUGCCUCAUAAUGUAUUUUGAGUACACUAGAGUUCCCUUAUAAUUACUUGUACUAAUAAAGUUAUAGGUUUGAUA